UCAGCAGAUGUCCAUCACGUGACAUUUCGACUCCUCUUACUGCAAAGUCAGCUAAGUGCGGUUGUUUACAAGUAGAAUCGCAUUUAGUAGACACAAUGCCUAAGAAAGAAGAGCCGCAAGAAACCGAGUUACAACCUCAUCAGAGGGACGGAGUUAAAGAAGGUCAAAUAUUAGUCUGGAUAUGGAAUUUAUUAGAGGAAGCAGCGAAUAAAGAAUACGAUCAGUUUCUUAGAGAUGGAACCGUUCUUUGCAGGUUAAUGAAUGCCAUCAAACCGAACUGCAUCCCCGGCGAAAUAACAGCGGGAGAUAACAUCAAGCACAAAAAGAAGAAUAUUGAGAAAUUCUUGAAAGCUUGCAGCGAUUAUGGAGUAUCAAAAGACACGCUCUUCGAACCGGACGAUCUUCUUUUUAUGAGGCAUUUGCCUAAGGUUACGAGAUGCCUUUUUGCUCUAGGAAAAGUCGUCAGUAUCGCUACCAAUUUAUACACAUUCUAAUAAUUAUAUUUGAU